AUGGCUACAGUACGCAUCUGCGUCUGCGGCGAUGAAGGUACCGGGAAGUCGAGUCUCAUUACCUCCUUGGUCAAGGAUGUCUUCGUGACGAACAAGAUCCAAUCUGUUCUGCCACAGAUCACCAUCCCUCCCAGUAUUGGCACGCCCGAAAAUGUCACGACAACGAUCGUCGAUACCUCAGCGCUUCCCCAGGAACGAAACACUCUGCGAAAGGAAAUACGGAAAUCGAACGUGAUAUUACUGGUAUAUUCAGAUCAUUACAGCUAUGAGCGAGUUGCAUUGUUCUGGAUGCCCUACUUCCGGUCUUUGGGAGUCAAUGUCCCCGUGGUUCUGUGUGCGAAUAAAUCAGACUUGACAACAAGUGGGAAUACUGCGCAGGUUGUGGAGGAUGAGAUGCUACCUGUGAUGGCGGAAUUCAAGGAAAUCGACUCCUGUAUAAGGACGAGCGCGAGAGAGCACCAUAAUGUUAACGAGGUCUUCUUCCUAUGCCAGAAAGCUGUGACACACCCGAUUGCUCCUCUCUUCGAUUCUAAGGAGGGGAAUCUCAAACCCGCAGCCGUGGCUGCUUUGAAGAGGAUAUUCUAUUUGAGCGACAAGGAUCAAGAUGGUUAUCUGAGUGACCAGGAGAUGCAUGAUUUCCAGGCCAAAUGCUUCGAAAAGCCAUUAUCUCCCGAGGACCUGGAAAAUAUCAAGCUUUCAAUCAGCAAAUCUUCACCGAAAUCUAACCUAGAGAAGGGGAUUGACCAGAACGGAUUUCUUCAGUUGAAUAAGAUAUUUGCGGAGAAAGGCAGGCACGAAACCAUAUGGAUCAUUUUGCGGAAAUACCACUACACAGACAGUUUAAGCCUAAAGGACAGCUUUCUCCAUCCUAAAUUUGAGAUCCCGGAAUACUCCUCAGCAGAACUUAGUCCUACGGGGUAUCGAUUCUUUGUUGAUCUGUUCCUUCUAUUCGACAAGGAUAACGAUGGAGGUCUGAAUGACUCGGAACUAGAUGCUUUAUUCGCACCUACUCCCGGAUUUCCCUCUUUUUGGCUGGAUUCCUCCUUCCCUUCUUCCACAGUCCGUAAUGAGGCUGGGUAUAUUACCCUCCAAGGCUGGCUCGCUCAGUGGUCAAUGACUACCUUCGUGUCUCCAACAACCACUCUAGCCUAUCUGGCAUACCUUGGCUUCGAGCCCCCUUCAGGACCCCGCACCGCUACCACGUCUGCCCUUAAGAUCACGAAGCCACGAAAACGGCGGCGGCGCCCGGGCCGCGUCGAGCGCAAUGUCGUUCUCUGCUACGUGCUAGGGGCUCCGGCAUCCGGGAAAUCCACCCUCCUAGAUGCAUUCCUCAACCGACCCUUUGAUCCUCUGUACCGUCCUACAAUAAAACCCCGAACGGCUGUUAACAGUGUCGAAUUGCAGGGUGGCAAACAAUGCUACCUAAUCCUUGAAGAGCUCGGCGAACUGGAACCCGCCAUUCUGGAUAAUCAAGCCAAACUCGAUGCCUGCGAUUUGAUCUGCUACACCUACGAUUCCUCGGACCCAGACUCGUUCUCACACAUCGUCUCGCUUCGUGAAAAGUAUCCCCAGUUGGAUGAGUUGCCAGCUGUCUAUGUGGCACUCAAAGCAGACCAAGAUAAAACGAUGCAAAGGUCUGAAAUGCAACCAGACGAAUAUACAACGAGUUUGAAUAUGAGCGCCCCGUUGCACGUGAGUGUGACGUGGAGCAGUAUCAGUGAGUUGUUUGUCACAUUGGCGGAGGCAGCUACGAACCCGUCCACGGCGUUCCCAAAGAGUGAGGAGGAGCCUCCGGACAGGACAAGUCUGUAUGUUGCGCUGGGUGCGACGGCCUGUGCACUUCUGGCGGCGGCGAUGAUUUGGAAGAGGACGACUAAUGCUAACUAG